AUGAGACUUGUCGCUAAGCAGACCGAUGUUCCAGUGCCCGAAGUGCUUUUCACUCGUUUCAGUCCUGAUGAAGGGAUAAUAACUCCAGAAGAGUUCUUCAAGCCCGAUUAUCGUCCGUCGGAAGGCACUAUUGGGAUGACUAUCAUUUCCGGAAUAACUCUAGAGCAAAAAUGGGAUAGCCUAGAGGACGAGGCUAGAGAGUCAAUCUGCCUCCAGCUCUGGGAUCUGAUCUCAAACUCCGAAAGAUAA